CUCGCCGUUUAUUUACCAGACAACAGUCGCACAUUGUCAUCCAGCCCUACUUUGAAAUCCCUUAACAGAAUAACGCAUCCGCACGUUUGUUGGAUCUGUGACCGGUUCAGUCAGCGCGCGGGAUCCGCACCGAGUCGACUUGAUUGGAUAAAAGAGUCGCGUGUAGGUCGGUCAUUCCCGACCGUUCUGUUUUAUAUCGAUACCGGUUGGGCUGAAACGAAAUGCGGUCACCGAUUAAAGUCAGAUAGAAAAGGCGACAUCUACUCGCGUUUGCGUGUCUGUCUGUUCUUAUUUUCAGGUAGCGGCUACGGAAAGGUUGGGAAGAUUUACGCGUUAAGAAGGUUAUUUGGAGGGAGCGCUCUCCCUGGAAGUACCAUGGCCAGGGGAAGCGAAGAAUCUGUGAAUGGAUCGUGGAAAAAGCAAGUGGAUGACAUCAGGAAGAUAUUUGAGAUCAGAGAGAUCCUCGGGACUGGGGCGUUUUCAGAGGUGGUCCUGGCUCAAGAGAAGACCACAGGAAAGAUGUACGCAGUGAAAUGUAUCCCCAAAAAAGCACUGAGAGGAAAAGAAAGCGGAAUAGAGAACGAGAUUGCAGUGCUGACGAAGAUCAAACAUGAGAACAUUGUGGCCCUGGAAGACAUUUACGAGAGCCCCAGUCAUCUAUAUCUAAUUAUGCAACUUGUGUCAGGUGGGGAAUUGUUUGAUCGAAUCGUGGAGAGAGGCUUCUACACGGAGCAGGAUGCAAGCGCGUUAAUAAAACAGGUCCUGGAUGCGGUUAAAUACCUGCAUUCACUGGGGAUCGUCCACAGAGACCUAAAGCCUGAAAAUCUGCUGUAUUUUAACCCACAUGAAGAGUCCAAGAUCAUGAUAAGUGAUUUUGGGCUGUCCAAGAUGGAAGAUGCGGCCAAUGACAUCAUGUCCACAGCAUGUGGGACACCGGGUUACGUGGCACCAGAGGUAUUAGCACAGAAGCCUUACAGUAAAGCCGUGGACUGCUGGUCUAUUGGAGUUAUUGCUUACAUCCUGUUGUGUGGUUACCCCCCGUUUUACGAUGAGAAUGACUCCAAACUGUUUGAGCAAAUUCUUAGGGCGGAAUAUGAGUUUGAUUCACCGUACUGGGACGACAUUUCUGAUUCAGCUAAAGACUUCAUUAGUAACCUGAUGCAGAAAGAUCCUGAAAAGAGGUUAACAUGUGAAGAGGCUCUUCAGCAUCCCUGGAUUGCAGGUGAUACUGCUCUCUGCAAGAACAUCCAUGAAUCAGUCAGUCGACAGAUGAAGAAAAACUUUGCAAAAGCUAAAUGGCGGCAAGCAUUUAACGCUACCGCAGUCAUCCGACAUAUGAGGCGUCUUCAGCUUGGCAGCAGUAUAGAUUCCUCUCAGCACAGGAAACAGAAUCAAACGAUGCCAGCGAAGAGUCAGUCAGUCGAUGUAGUCAACCUCAAUGACUCCCUUGAGGAGGGUGUUAUCUUUGUCUAGGUUCGGCAAUGCAGCAAGCGUCAAACUCUUCCUCCAAGACGGGACCGCCUGAGCGUCAUCCGCGGGCAUCCACGGUCACUACCAUCAUCACAGGCUCCAAAUGACAUCACUUCCUGUCAGACUGCACAUUUGGAGACUACUGCACUUUAAGAAUAUUAUGAAAAGUGUUUAUCGGUAACUUCCAUCCUCUUCAGUCACCUCUUCAAAAAAAAAUGAAAUCCUUUUUGGUAAGUCAAAGGUGCGAUAUGCCACAUGACAUAGUGGCGAAGCAAUGACUUGCAUAAUUAUGAGGACUGUAUCACCAAGUAAAGCUCCUGGCAGGGACGUAUGUGUCAUUUAAACAUAUGUGGAGUUUAUUUGACAUGCUUUUAAGAGUCUUAAAGGGACAGUUCCCCUAACUAUCUCUUUAAUAGAAAGUAAGUCAGUGGAAGCACAAGCGUGUAGAUAAAACUAUGUUCAUUCGUAAAACAGUUGUUGUAAUAUUUGCUGCUGUAUUUGAACCUGCUGUUGUUAUGAACAAAUCAAAUGAUAAAGGCUGUCAGAGUAACAUUAAAAGGAAUAGUUUACCCAAAAAUGAAAAUAUUGUUAUCAUUUAUGCACCCUAAAGUAGUUUCAAAACUGUAUGACAUUCUUUCUUCCAUGGAACACAAAAUGGGAAUGUUAGGCAGAAUGGAAUAACACGUGAGUGGAUAAUUUUUGGGUGAACUAUCCCUUUAACAAAAUGUCUAGAGAAGUUGAUGUAGUAAAUCUACAGGCUUCAAAAGUUAAAAGCCAAUUUUAUUGUCAUCCAAUGUGUUUAAACUGGAAAUUUGGUUCUGGAUGCAUCUUGCAUAUAUGACAGAGUGAUUGAAGUUUGUAAAGAUUGUAUAAAACAAUUAUGUAAACGUGAAGUUUAAUAAUUUUGUAUCAACAAUUUGUUGAUAUCUGGAAAAUAAUUUGGAGUGAUUUGUGCGUCAAAUGGUUUUGAAGGUCUGUAUAAAAUGAUCCAUAGUGUUGAAAUGCACUUGUUAAAGUUUUGUGUAUGUUUUGGAUUAAUUUUUUUAAUACAUUUCUUAGCUUUGCUUUUUUAAUGACUUUAAACACUUAAUUUUGGUCACACAUUACAGUGUUAACGUUACAGUGUAAUUACAUAGUGAGUACUUGAAUGAAUGUAAUGAUUUUGUGUAUAUUAAAGUACUGUUUUAGACACUUACAUUUAUUAUAGUAAUGUGUAAUACAUGUGACACUGUAAAGCAAAAUGUUACCAUUGAACUGAAAUGAGUUUGAAUCAGUUUCAGUGACACAAUAGCUAUCUUUGACAGACAUUUGUAUUUGCUGACCUUGUGCUGUUUCAAUUGAGAAAAAUUACAAACAUUUCACACACUGUUCGGUGUACGAAUGCAUAAAUCAAGAGUUUUCGUUUUAGCUCAAGCUGUUUUAAUAAAAUGCGUCUAAUGAAAUAUGACUGUGCGAGUUGCAAACAGCUUCUGCUUUAAAUCUUUCGUGUCAUCAUGGUCUUCAUACUAGUCCUCUGAAUUUAGCAGCUGGGUGUUGGAUCUUUCAUUCAGGUAACAGAAAUGAUGUGGGCAGUGUUUUCUCUUCAGUCGAUUUGUUCUUUGGUGAGUGUUUGUUGGUGAGGGUAUGGUGAGUUGAUUUCAUUAAACAACAAGA